AUGAAUUUUGGUUUUCGGUUUGCACUUGAGAUUGGCAAGCGAGGCAGGUCGAACUCGAAAUUAUUCUCGACCUCUUCAAUCAACAGUGGCCUUGUCCGAAACAGUGCUGAAAUACGAAAAUCAUAUCACUUGUCUUAUGGGAGAGAAUACGGCUACAUAACUAUUCGCAAUUUGUCCAGCAAGAAUCCGUCUGAGAAACGUAACGAGUCGCCCAACAUGGCUGCCACCAUUCAAGAAGUCAAUGGUUUGCGCAUAGCUGUAGAGGGCUGCGGCCAUGGCACAUUAAAUGCAAUAUAUGCUUCAAUAGAAAAGGCUUGCGAAGCUCGAGGUUGGGAUGGCGUUGAUCUCCUCAUCAUUGGGGGGGACUUUCAGGCAGUUCGAAACGCAAAUGAUCUCACAGUAAUGUCAUGUCCAGUCAAAUAUCGAGAGAUUGGCGAUUUCCACGCAUACUACAGCGGUCUCAAGAAAGCCCCAUACCUCACCAUUUUUGUAGGCGGUAAUCACGAAGCUAGCAGUCAUCUAUGGGAACUAUAUUAUGGAGGUUGGGUUGCGCCAAACAUUUACUAUAUGGGAGCUGCGAACGUGGUACAAUUGGGUGGAGUGCGGAUCGCUGCUAUGAGUGGGAUUUGGAAGGGUUACAAUUACAACAAGAGUCAUUAUGAACGAUUGCCAUACAACCAGGAUGAUGUCAAAUCGAUAUAUCAUGUUCGCGAAUAUGAUGUGAGGAAACUCCUACAGGUAGGGACCCAGAUUGAUAUUGGGAUCAGUCAUGAUUGGCCGAGGGCUGUUGAGAAACAUGGAGAUAUGAAGAAGCUGUGGAGGAUGAAACCGGAUUUCGAGAGAGAAUCGAUUGAUGGAACAUUGGGGAAUUUAGCCGCAAGUUAUGUUAUGGAUCGUCUGAGGCCACCAUAUUGGUUCGCGGCGCAUUUACAUUGUAAAUUUUCCGCUGUGAAGACUUACGAGGACGGCCAAAAAUCAAAGAAUCCGGAAGAACCAAAGGAAGAAAAAGUCAAGGCCACUGAAGAAGCACCUCCGGUCGAAAGCAACGAUGCAGCAGUUGAGCCACAGCCAAUAAUACCACAUAACGACGAUGAAAUUGAUCUCGAUAUGGAUGAUGACGACAGCCCUCCAGUUACGGAAGCACCAACGAAUGUCAACGCUGCAACGGGCAAUCCUCAAAGCGAAAAUGCCCCAUCGGCUGCGGAGGAAUCUGUACCGUCGGUGGUUCCGUCUGAUAUUCGAGCUCAAUUGCCCGCUGCUUUCUCAAAAUCAGCACAUCUAGCUCACCGAGAGCCCAGGGCACAGCCAGGACAGCCACCACCACCAGAAAUCACAAACAAAGCAGUUCGCUUCCUUGCUCUAGACAAGUGUUUACCUAGUCGUAAAUAUCUACAACUUCUAGAAGUACAACCUUAUGACAGCACGAAAGAGACUACUCUUCGAGCGAAACCAAAAUUCGAAUAUGAUCCGGAAUGGUUAGCCAUCACAAGAGUAUUCAACCCUGAUCUCAUUCUCGGCGACAAAACCGCCAAGUUGUCUGAGGAUAUGGGCGAAGCUCAUUACAGAAGCCUCAUUAAAAAAGAACAAGCAUGGGUAGACGAGCACAUUGUUCAACAAAACAAACUGGAGAUUCCUACAAACUUUGUAACUACCGCGCCACCUUUCUUAGAGGGCAUGCCAGAGAUUGUGAAGGAGGGACCAUUGGAAUAUAACAACCCUCAGAUACAACAAUUUUGCGAUCUUCUCGGAAUGGAAAACAAAUUCUACGCUUCCGACGAGGAAAAGCAAAUUAGAAUGCAAAAUGGACCAGCGCCAGUUGAGGAACGAAGAGAUGGAGGAUUUGGCGGUAGAGGAGGAAGUAGGGGUCGAGGUGGAAGAGGUGGUGGAAGAGGGUUUGGGGACGGACGUGGACAUCGGGGAGGUGGUAGAGGAGGGGGUAGGGGGAGAGGUGGAGGUGGUCGCCAUUGA